GCUACACCCCGCUGCUCACAGAGUAUUUAAACGAGAGCCUCUGGUCCAGCCUCAGUUUAGAGCCAGGGUGAAGCACGCGGACCAGCAGACACAACCAGACGCAGUAGAACAACAACAAGCGCGUGAAUCUCGCAGGCUGUAACUCACUGAAGAUGGAAACGUACGUUACGUUCUGCUUGCUGCUCGCGCCCUUCCUCGCAUCGGUGACGGGCCAGGACUGCUCCCAGCCCUGCGCAUGCCCCGCUGAGCCGGCCCCCUGUCCCUACGGCACCAGCCUGGUUCUGGAUGAGUGCGGCUGCUGCAAGGUGUGCGCCCGGCAGCUAGGGGAGCCCUGCUCCCUGCGGGAACCCUGCGACCACCACAAGAGGCUCUACUGCGACUACUCCGUGCUGAGCGACACGGAGGCGGGCAUCUGCAUGGCUCAAGAGGGGCAGACGUGUGACCUGGGGGGCGUGGUCUACCGCAGCGGGGAGGCCUUCCAGCCCAGCUGCCAGCACCAGUGCGUGUGCAUGGACGGGGAGAUCGGCUGCGUGGCCACGUGCGCCAGCCACAUGCCCGUGCCCUCGCUCGACUGCCCCUACCCGCGCCGCAUCCAGAUCCCGGGCAAGUGCUGCGAGGAGUGGCUGUGCGACCAGACGCCCGUGGAGAAUCCCUACCACUCAGUCAUGGCCGGAGCCUCUGAGUUCCACCCGCUGAACCCCUCCACCUCCUCCUCCUCCGCCCCCCCGGCGGUGCGGCGGGGGUCCGCCCGCUGGCCAGAGAGCCCGCGGGACAACUGCGUGGUGCAGACCACCGCCUGGAGCGAGUGCUCGGCCACCUGCGGCAUGGGGGUCUCGUCGCGCGUCACCAACGACAACGAGCGCUGCCAGCUGGAGAGGCAGUCCAGGGUGUGUGUGAUCCGGCCCUGUGGUGCCGAGCAGGGGGGGGACAUUAAGAAGGGGAAGAAGUGUGUGCGGACCCCCAAGGCCCAGACGGGGGUGCGCUUCGAGAUGUCCGGCUGCCACAGCACGCGCAUGUACAAGCCCAAGUACUGCGGCGUGUGCACGGACGGCCGCUGCUGCACGCCGCUCGCCACCGUCACCAGCGAGGUGGAGUUCCGCUGCCCCGAGGGAGACGUGUUCCGCAAGGCCAUGAUGUUCAUCAGGAGCUGCUCCUGCCACCACGACUGCCCCCGGGACAACGACAUCUUCCUCGCCUCCAACACGCGGAGGAUGACCGGGGAUUAUGACCGCGGCGUGUGAUGAUGUGUCACACACACACACACACACACACACACACACACACACACACACACACACACACACACACACACACACACACACACACACACACACACGAGAGGCGCUAUGUGGCAGCCUUGAUGCACUGAAAUGUAUGGUCCUUCCCAUGCACUCACAAGGGAACCGGGUCGUGCUUUAAGCCCUGAACUCUCCGCCUGCCGACGGCCAAUAAUGCUCCACAGAGGGUAGCCUUUUAACUAGUAUCUGCAAAUAAAAUCAUAAAAUAACUACUAGCCAAUCCUAUCACAGGACAACGUGCCAAAAAAGGCAACUAGGCAAUCCUAGCGCAAGGUCAUUAGUCCUAGUGAACAAUGUCCGUAUGGAGGUUGUACCCUAAAGUUAUCGUGACGAUAGAACAUGUUAUCUCUGUUUCUGUUCGAAAACGUAAAGAAGAGAUUCUAGUAAGAACACAACGACAAUGUGGUAAUCUUUGCCAUGUUCAUUUUGAUAUUGUAUUCUAAAAGUGGCAUAUUUUGACAUUUAAUGUUUUUGUUAAUAAUUGAAAUCCCAAAUUGUUUAAUGACCACUGAUCUGUCUUGUUCAGUAUUUUUUUAUCAGACAUUUAAAGAAACAUAUUUUUCUUUAGUUCAAUAUAGCCCUUACAAUGGUAUAAUUUAUGCCCAGCAACGACUUUCAAAGACAAAGCAUUGCUUACCCAUAAUGUGGCUCGCCUGAAGCAUUUGCUGAUAGUAAUAUUGUUUACUGUUUAUUUAAGGAUAAGAGUGGAAAACGUGUUUUAUUGCACCAUGUGUAAAUACUGUAAGACUAUGUACAGUUUUGUACGAUAAUUUAUGUAACUAUUGUCUAUGUGCAAUGUCGUAGCAAAAUUACAGAUUAUUUUAUAUUGAUUUUUUCUGUUUUGGGAAUCUUAAAGUCCUAUUAAUUUGUUUGUUGCACUAUUGUCUACCGCCAAUAAAAAAUGUAUAU